AUGUCGAAGAAACGUUCCUAUACAGAUGAGCUAGGCUCUGAUUCAGCACACACCGAGCUGCCCAUGAGGAAGAGGCUCCGGCUGUUGGCACACACCUGUAGUAAAUUCCCCAAUACUAAAUCUACCUCCAAAAAAUCAUCAAAGGGUUCGAAAUGUGCCUUUAAGAAUGCCUAUCGUUCCUUGGAGAGGUGCAAGAAACGAUCAUUCGGGGACCUGAAUCACCCAAAUGAAGAUAUCUCAUGCUCCAAGCAGACAGGAAAACGACGUCGUAAGGAUGUAGGUACUCCCAAACAGGCCAAAAUAAGGUGUCUCAAGCAUCCUCGAGGCACUCGAUCUUCCUCGACCAAUCUAGCGGCUAUUCAACAGAGUCAUCAUGGCAUGAAGCCAAGCCCUGAAACAACGUCUAGAACAAAGACCACCCUCCUGUCUUUGCCCACAGAAAUGAUUCUCGAGGUGUUUGAAGCCACAUCCUCGCUAUCGGACGCAGAAGCACUGUCAAACUCUUGCAGAUCACUCAACACGAUUUAUCACUCCAAAAAGACGAGUAUUCUGCAAACAGUACAAGAGCGCACGACGCUGUGCUAUCCUGCUGCUCUUCGCCUCGCUCCGAUACUGUAUCCGACAGCAACGCCUGAGGAGAUCAUCCAUGUGAUCCAUGCUAACGCCGAGGAAACUUUGCAGAUGGCUGAGGAGGCAGCCUCAUACUUCACUGUGAGCCAUCGAUUCCGGGGCAUAGAACGUCUCAGUCGUCCGUUUCGCCCACAUGAGCUAGAACGUCUAGUGGAGGCGUGGUACUUCCUGAAGCUCGUGGUCCAUUACAUGCGAUUAAAAAUAGAGGCAGUGCAUAACCAAGCUGUUGAAAAGGAGAGGGACGAUCUCGAGGGCCAGCUCAGAGAAGAAUUCCCAGUUCUUGAACCCUUCAAGAUGCACGUCAUGAAAGACCUUGUACCUUUCAUUACGCAUCACAUGGAUCCAUAUGUCCAAAAGGACUUGGACAUAAUGGACCCAAUCUGGAUGUCGCAAAACGAAUUGCUCAUGGAGGAGUUCGAAAUCUCGACGCUAAGAGCCAACGGAGUUUCCUUAGCAAAGUCGGAAUGGCUCCUCGCUCAAGGUUCCAUAAACGACUUUCAUGAUAGAAUGGGAAUCUCCGAUGUGGGGAUUGAGGGUAAUUUUAGGGGUCCUGUGAAGAUUGGAGCUGACGAGAAUACUGACAACUAUGCUGAGUUCAAUGAGAACAUACCUCCGCCUAGAUUCUGCGGCGAGAGCGACGAGGAACGGGAAGGGAAAGCAUUAUGGGAUUGGUUUCUGAAAUUGUAA